GGAGACGCCUCCGCCCGUUAACGGGGCGCCCGCGCGUGGGAGCCGGAGCGGCCGGAGCGGCGGGACGAGGCUGGACGGGGCCGGGUCUCGCCGGAGGUCUUCGGCCAUGUGGAGCUGCGCGGGGCGCCGGCGUCGCCGGCUGCUGGCGGGCCUCUUCGUGCUGCUGCUGGCCGCCGUCGCCAUCCGCAGGUUUAACUUGACGAACGUAAUCCCCAUGCGGUUCUGGGGCCGAGUGCUGGGCUUACAGGCCAAGCACUCGCAGUUCCUGCUGGAGGAGAAGCCCUUUCGCAUCCUUGGCGGCUCAAUGCACUAUUUCCGCAUCCCCCAGGAGUAUUGGAGGGACCGCUUGGUCAAGAUGAAGGCCUGCGGCCUGAACACCCUCACAACGUAUGUCCCGUGGAAUCUUCACGAGGCCGUCCGAGGGAAGUUUGACUUCAGCGGAAACUUGGACCUGCAGGCUUUUCUUAGGAUAGCAGAAGAAGUAGGACUAUGGGUGAUCCUGCGCCCCGGACCGUAUAUAUGCUCAGAGUGGGACCUCGGUGGCCUGCCCAGCUGGUUGCUUCAGGACCCUGAGAUGCAACUCAGGACAACCUACAAGGGCUUCACGGAGGCCGUAGAUUCUUACUUUGACAACCUAAUGCUCCAGGUGGUCCAUCUUCAGUACAAGAACGGAGGGCCAAUCAUAGCCAUGCAGGUGGAGAAUGAAUACGGCUCCUAUGCCCAAGACCAAAAUUACAUGGCCUACAUAAAACAGGCCCUGUUGAGCAGGAACGUGGUGGAAUUAUUGGUGACCUCGGAUAAUAAAGAUGGCUUGAGUGCCGGCACCGUAGAAGGAGCUUUGGCCACGAUCAACUUUCAGAAGAUGGAGCGGGAACUCGUGUCCUCCCUCAACAAACUGCAGCGUGACAUGCCAAUGCUGGUGAUGGAGUACUGGACUGGUUGGUUUGAUAGCUGGGGAGGACCUCACAACGUCUUCGAUGCAGAUGAGAUGCUGGAUAGGGUUGAGGACGUCCUCCGGUCAGGAGCCUCCAUCAAUCUGUACAUGUUCCAUGGAGGGACCAAUUUUGGAUUCAUGAAUGGCGCUCUGCAUUUUAAUGACUACAAGGCAACCAUCACCAGCUACGAUUACGAUGCCGUGUUGACCGAGGCUGGAGAUUACACCGCCAAGUACUUCAAACUGCGCAAGCUUUUUUCUAGCAUGAUAGAGACUCCUCUCCCUCCGCCUCCGAUAAUUUCACAUAAAGCAUCCUACGGCGCCAUCCUGAUGCAGCAAUAUAUCUCACUGUGGGAAUUGUUGUCGGGAAUGGAGAUUGUGAAGUCGGAAUACCCCAUUAACAUGGAGAACCUGCCAAUAAAUAAUGGCAACGGACAGGCGUUUGGCUACACCCUCUACGAGACGGUCAUCCUUGGCGGAGGGACCCUGUACUCACGGGAUUACAUCCGGGACCGAGCACAGGUGUUUAUUAAUACUCGAUACAUCGGUCACCUCGAUUACAAUGUACAGGAACUCUCCAUUCCUAACCGGCAGGGAUAUAGACAGCUGCAAAUUUUAGUAGAGAACUCCGGGAGAGUCAACUAUGGGCUUAAUCUGAACAACCAACGAAAAGGCUUAAUUGGCGACAUUGUUUUCAACAAAACCUCCUUGAGAAACUUCAAGAUUUACAGCCUUGAAAUGAAACCCAGCUUCAUGGAAAGUCUACGAGGCGCAUCUCCUUGGAGUGCCAUCCCAGACAGCGCGGUGGGCCCCGCCUUCUUCCGAGGGACACUCCAAGUACAGUAUGUGCCCCAGGAUACUUUCCUGAAACUGGAGGGCUGGGAAAAGGGAGUUGUCUUUGUCAAUGGCCAGAACCUCGGUCGCUACUGGAAAAUUGGUCCUCAGGAAACACUCUACCUCCCGGGAACCUGGCUCCAACAAGGGUACAAUGAAAUCAUUAUAUUUGAGGAGCGUCUUGGAGGCCGCAUCAUCCAUUCCACAGAUCUGGCUUUCUUGGGAAGGGUUCAGUACGUGACCUGAGCUCUUCCUGGUUGCCCCGUCCUCUACUGGUAGUAAUGGUUAAGGUUAUGCUUCUUAACUGAUUAUGGGAGGUACGAGGGUCUGACUGCAGACCUCCCUCUCUCCCGUUGUGAAAAACCGUGCCCCGUAUCCUUAUAUUUUCUAGUUAUGGGUGGAGUUUGGCCAAGGAAGGCCCGCCCGGUGAGUUAAUUUAGGAGGUUGAACUAAGAGUACUUGAAGAAAGAAAGAUGCCCAGAUAGUUAGGAACGUUCUCCUAAAGGAACUCAAGACUGUACUACAAAGUUCUCAUAGAUGCUAAGGACCUGACAGAAUGUGCACACGAGAGAUCCGAUGAAUUUGAAACAGCUGAUCUUCGGUGGUUUGACUCCGACCGGCCUUUCGGUUGCGGCUGGAAAAAGGAACAUUUUUUGCAUCUCUAAUAGUCCACGUUCGCUCUUUUCAGACCAUUGAAGCCGCACAGUCUCAGGCACCUGAGUUAAUCCUUAGGCAGGUUGUGAAGGGAUGUUAUUUUUGUUAACAGCUCUGCAUUCGUUCGGUUGCUCCCACCCAGAUCUCAAAAGGAAGGAAGGAACACCUUUCAGCGUGCAAAAUGCCAGCCUUCGAUGGGGGACUUCCGUGCAAAGCCAGUGGGAAUGGCAUUUCAGUGACAUGUUCAUGAA